AGUAAGUAUCGACACUUUAUCAAGAUGAAACUUUGCUUUUGUUUAAUUACAUUGUCACUGAUCUGCUUGGCAUCAGCAGAUUCAAGCCAAGAAACCGGGUUUUUGGAAAUAACAGGAAAUCCAGAAAAUGUCGAAGACUUUGUCUUUAAAGGCAAAGAAUUUAAAUUGAAAGGAAAAAGAUUACAAAUCACAAGUGGAAAUCAAGCAAGUAACUCACAAUUCCCAUAUGUCGCUGAGUUGGCAAUCAAUACAAUUACUGGUGGAUACAAGUGUACUGCCUCAUUGAUUGGAGCUAGUUGGUUGUUGACUGCAAGACAUUGUAUUGUUGGAAUGCCACAAAUUACAUCAAUCUUAGCAUCAUUUGGAUCAGCAGAUAAUCAAGCUCAAAGAACUCAAAUUUAUGUGAACUCUGCUACUUGGAUGAAUGCUGCUGAUGGAAUUAAUCAUCCUGAUAUAGCUUUGUUCCAUCUUUCACAACCCGCACCAACAACUGCAACAAUUAAACCCGUUCGUCUUCCUAAACUUGCACAAGAAAACUUUGCUUAUGACAAUUAUGACUUCACUGCUAUUGGAUGGGGACAGAUAUCACUUGGAGUAUUUUCACGUUACUUGCAAUACACAAACUUCAGAACUUUGGCACCAACAAGCUGCUUCUUAGGUCAAUAUUAUAUGUGCAGUCAACCACCAACUGGAAUUUCACAACUUUUGGGCGGUGAUUCUGGCGGUCCUGGAGUUAUUGUUGAAGCUGAUGGAAUUGAAACUCAAAUUGGUGUUAAUGUUGCAUACGUCACCGCUGGUACAAGUAUUUGGCAAAAAUCAACAAGAGUUUCAAACUUUUUGCAAUUUAUUAAAACUCAAACUGGAAUCUCUUAUUAA